ACUUAAAUGUAUGUUAUAUUGGACGUGGCACGUCCUCUAAUGACCUUGUCUGCAUGUGAAUACAUUACGAACUAAGUGGGAGGUUGUUGCUGUUCAGUAAUGGUUUAUGUCAUGAAGUCUCUUCAGAAUUUUGAUGCUUUUGCAAAACCACUCAAAGACUUUCGUAUCAAAACGCUGUCUGGAGCUUUGGUUUCAAUAAUAAGUAGUCUAAUCAUCGGAGUUUUGUUCACAUCAGAACUUCUCUCUUUUACGCGCACACGGAAUAAGCAGGAGAUUAUUGUAGAUGUCAAUCGUGGAGAAAAGAUGUCUAUCUACAUGGAUAUAACACUAAACUUUAUCCCGUGCAGAUUUUUAAGCCUAGAUACAAUGGACACAACAGGUGCACAGCAGCUAAAUGUUAUGCAUGAAGUUUAUAAAACUAGUGUUUCAGUUGAUGGUACUCCUUUAUCAGAUAGUAUUCGCCAUGCUGUAAAUGAUGCUUCGGCUAUCACAACGACGAGCGAUCCCAAUUAUUGUGGCUCAUGUUAUGGGGCAGAGUCUCCUUCAAGGAAAUGCUGUAAUACAUGUGAGGAAGUUCAAAUGGCGUAUAAUGAAAUGCGAUGGGUAUUUGUAAAUAUUUCUGCGUUUGAACAGUGCCGAAAGGAAAACUGGAACGAGAUUAAACAAAAGAUAGGCAAUGAAGGUUGCAGAAUUCAUGGAAAUUUAACAGUUAAUCGAGUUGGUGGGGCGUUUCAUAUUGCUCCCGGUCAUAGUUACACUGAAAAUCAUGCACACUUUCAUAGCUUUCAAAGUCUCGGUCCUGUUCAGUUCAACGUGUCUCAUUCAAUCGGGGAGCUUCGUUUUGGUGACUCAUAUCCUGGUCAAGUUAAUUCACUAGAUGGAACAAAAAUGGCGGUACAAACACAUUCCCAGAUGUUUAUUUACUACUUAAAACUGGUACCGACUAUGUAUACUGGCGUUAACCGAAAUGAAAACACUGUGAUAACUAAUCAAUAUUCUGCUACAUGGCAUUCAAAAGGUACGCCUCUAUCUGGUGAUGGUCAAGGAUUACCUGGUAUAUUUUUCAAUUAUGAAAUAGCCCCUUUACUUGUUAAAAUUACCGAAGAGAAAAAGUCAUUUAUACAUUUCUUGACAAACACAUGUGCAAUUAUUGGAGGAGUAUUUACAGGUAAGAGUAUAUUGGACCUAUUUUCUGUGCCAGCGCUCCUUUUUUUCAUUACGGUUUACAACAUUGUCGUUAAAAAUUUACUUAGAAUGUUUUACCAUUAGAAAUAAUAAUGGUACAUUGUUUGUUGAAUGCUGUACUUGGUAGAUUCAGUAAAUAUUCUUAAUAAGUUAUUUUUGAAAUCAUUUCCAUUCUGAUUUUAUGUCAGUUAAAAAAGUAUUGUGAACUAGAAUAAAAAAGAAAUAGACGAUCUAUUCAGUUUUUUCUUAAGAUUUUUGAUAUCACAUGGCUAGAUAACAUUGCGUGGCUGAAAAUGGUGACUGAAUACAUGUGAUAACAAAGUUUAUCAAUGAUGUCACAGAGGUUCAGUUUCUCUCUGUCUACAUUUCUCGAUAUUUUGUCAUUCAGUUAGCUGUAAUCAACCUAGAGCUUCACCUAAAUAUGCGUUAUCAUAGGUUAACAUACCGCAUUGGAACGACUCGAUGGAAUCAACAUAAACAGAAAUGCAGUAAGAAUAAUUGUUGUAGCGAUGAGUGAGAAAAAUGAAACACUUAAAAUACAGUGAGAUGGAAUGAAAAGAUUACACUUUUAGACAUCGCUCUACAUACUCAUGUCUAAUAACUGGGUAAUUACAUAAGCUCUUACAACCGAUUGUGUAAUAUACAUGUAUGUGGUAAGUGAUUUGCCUGGGUUUAUUUGCAGGAUUAUAACUUACUCAAUGACCUAGUUUAAUCGCUCAUUGAAAUUAGCAAUGUACAACAUUGGAUCUCGGCUCAGUGCUCGCCGUGAGACUUCAAGUUUUGAGUUUGACUCACAGUGAGGUCGUGGAUACACACUGCUAAGACAACUGUUCAGUGUUUUCUCGUUUUGAAUGGCUGUCUAAGGUCAGUUCGUGAAGAUCAGUGACCUCAAUUAAUCACUCAUAAUGCUUUAUUUUCUUAUAUACUUAAUCUAGUCUUUAGAUAAAAAUUAUAGACUGUAAGUGAACAGUCACAUAUAUUUACUUUUACUUAAUUAUCGGCAGCAUCUCUCGUGUAAGCAUUAAUGACAUUGUUAAGUUAACCGAAUGUUGUUAGAGGAAAGCGUAGUUUAACCUUUGACUUGUGAGUGUUAGUUUACACGUUACAUGUUCAUCAAUAAGGAUUUAAACAUAUCAUCAGUUAUCACGUGUUAAAUAUAUUUUAAACUUCAUUCACUUAUAACAAAUAAAGUUUGCUACUGGUCUGCCAAAUAAACAAUCAUAUCAUUUAGUUGUAAACAUCAGUAACUACUAAUUACGUGGUCUUUUUUGGUGACUUCUGUUUAUCCAAUCUCGACGAUGUAAUAUGGUUACGUUUACUCAAUUCAUAGAUAACUGGACGAACUUCUGAUCAUUUUUUGUAAUUAUUUCAUUUAUUCAGUACUUUAGUAUUUUUGUUUUAAUUUAUUUUAGUGGCAAGUCUUCUGGAUGCAUUUAUUUAUCACUCUACAUGUAUAUUACGUAACCGUCAUCAUAGAAAUUAACAUUAUUAAAUGUACAAUGUUUUUUGUAAUUUAUUUGUUCUCUACUUCCUUUCUUAUAUUUAUUCGUCUUUCGUUCUAUUUUCUAACAUAUUCUAAUUUGUGUUUAAUAAACUGGUUUGGUGUAAACAUUGCGCGAUUCCUCAUGUCUUUCGACUCCCACUAUUUGUUGCUUUUUUCUUUAUGUGUAUACAUCGGUAUCAAUACAGUGUAUGUGAAUUCUUUUUGAAAAUCCAUUUAUUAUGAGCCU